UCCUUGGGAGACGCUCGCAGGCCGCUCCAUGAGUCUGCCAUCUUGGUGGAAGACAUCGUCCACACUCAGCUGAUAAAUCUGUUGCAGCAAGCAGCUGAGGUUUCUCAGCUGAGAGGAGCUCGAGUCAUCUCUGCUGAAGACCUCCUGUUCCUAAUGCGCAAAGACAAGAAGAAGCUUAGAAGGCUGCUUAAGUACAUGUUUUUUCGAGACUACAAAUCUAAAAUUGUGAAAGGCAUAGAAGAAGAUGACCUCAUUGAAGACAAGUUCAGCAGCAACAACACCAACAAACGGCAGAAGCUUGCUCAGGACUUUCUCAACUCCAUUGACCAGACAGGAGAGCUCUUGGCCAUGUUUGAAGAUGAUGAGAUUGAUGAUGUCAAACAAGAGCGGAUGGAGAGAGCAGAAAGACAAACACGGAUGAUGGACUCAGUCCAGUACGCAGAAUUCUGUGAAAGUCGCCAGUUGAGUUUUUCAAAGAAAGCAUCCAAGUUUCGUGACUGGUUGGAUUGUAGCAGCAUGGAGAUAAAGCCAAAUGCGGUUGCAAUGGAGAUUUUGGCAUAUUUAGCCUACGAGACUGUGGCACAGUUGGUGGACUUGGCCCUUUUGGUUAAACAAGACAUGAUUCCUAAGGCCGGUGACCCAUUCAGUCAUGCCAUAUCUGCCACCUUCAUACAGUAUCACAACUCUACUGAGCCGCAUCUCUUAGGGCAGGCUGCAGGUGUGAAGACUGGCCUUGAGUCUCCUGAAAACACACCACCCCCUACGCCCACCCCACCAACACCUGCAGGGCAGCAGCAUCUUGGGAAGACACCAUCGGGAGCGCUGGGGAAUGGAGGGAUUGGGCAGGACUCUUCCAAAUCUAAACAGAGGAAAAGGAAAAAGAGCGCUGCAGCCUGUGGUAUGGAGGCUCAAAGCGAUGCCAUCCAGCCCAGCCACAUCAGAGAGGCCAUUCGGCGCUACGGCCACAAGAUUGGCCCCCUAUCCCCAUUCACAAGUGCCUACCGCAGAAAUGGGAUGACUUUUCUCGCCUGCUGAUAUGGAUGUGGCUGCAGCAACAGAAAAGACAGUGUUAUAUUAAGGUGAUUUUCUCUUCCCCUCCACGGAAGGAACAAAAAAACACAAGCUCCAAUGUCUCCGCAUGGCAGUGAGUGGGCUGGUUUGUUGUGACUAUCUGCUGGCUGACUCCAUCUCUCUUUCCAGCCCCCUCAAUCGUUAUUCUUGUUUACUAGCUGGAACAUUUAGCUAAUUAAUGGCAGGAUGUUUGGGAUAGCGUGUAGGUGGAUAAGAAUGCAGAUCGCACCAGUUUGAUGUUUGCAGGGGACUUGCUGCUGUCAGCCCCUUUGUAAAACGCCAUGUCAUCUUUACUCAGUUGUUUGGAAGUCUGUGUGUUUUGGUAGCAGUGUUGUUUUGGGAGGCAGGACGGGGCAGAAAGAGGCCAAAGAUAUUCUGAGUUUUCCAUGAUUUUUACAAAAAGUCAAAAACCUGCACUGCUUUCCACUGCGUUUCCUCCAGUCAUUCCUUCCAGCUCAAUGCAGGAAGGGGCUUUUAGAUAAGAGCAACAGCAGAGAAGAGCUUGGGCAACCUACACUUUAUCACAAAGGCUUGUCACAGACCCAGCAGCAAAGCAGCCAGCCCCUAAUUCUCAGUGCUGCCAUUUCUCCCUGCUGCACUCCCAUAGGAGCCCAACCCACCAGGGGAAGGCUCUGCAGCCAUUUGGCACAAAUCUGCCCCACUCCCUCAGCAUUUCCCAAAGUAUCCAAACAGCCAUGGCCCCCUCAGCAAUUCUAGAUGCAGGCUGCAUGCAGCAUGCCACCCGAGGAGAUGUUUUCCCCAUCACCAACAAAAGCAACACUGCUGUUGGAUUCAAAGAAGAAAUACGCCCUUCAUUGCCUUUCUGUAUUUCAGCUCACUUUGUUUGUUUUCAGAUCUACUUUUUAAAUCUCAGCCCCUCACUCUACAAUUCUUCCUGUCCCCCUCUCCACCAGCCCAGGCUGUCCUCACCGACGGAUUCGUUUCUUCACAUUAAAUCCGUACAAAUAUAGAGCUAACCACAAGGAGCUGAACCAGAGAGAAGGGCUUAUGCCUCAGCCCAUCCCUGGGAUCUGCUGCCUGUGUCCCUGGGGCAGCCCAGGGGUCUGCGUCAGCCGCCUGGAGCACAGGCUUCAAAUCUGACUUAAACCUCAAAUUAAGACGGAGCACUCAAGGGAUCAAGGGGAGAUCAGCAAAAUAUUACUUUUAUGUAGUGCAGCCGUCCUCCUCCUUUGUGCUGAGUAUGUGAGGUCUUAACUUUUACUCCCACCGCAUGGUAUUGUGGUCAUUUGUAAGUGGUUUUCUUGCCCGGCUUUCCUGGACCUGCUUGCAAAAGCUUUAGAAGUAUCUGUAUAUUAAACAAACAGAAAAAUGCCUCUUCUCCUUGCAACCGAAAUGCUGCCAACAUGACCUUUGUACAUCAGAUAUUACUGCCACUCGUCAGUUGUUUUGGGUUUUUUUUUUUUGUGCCUGCUUAACCUUCUGUAUUCUGGAAUUAAUCUGUGUGCAAAGGAGUACAAGCAUACACCACCGGCUAUUAAACGGAGUUGGGAAGCUUUCUGAUGUUCCAUCUGUGCUUGUUGAAAUAUAUGAUUAAACUUUUCUUUUUAUCAUCA